UUUGAACUAAUUCUCCCUCGUGGAUAAUUUGACCUUGUAGAUUGGUGAAGGAAAAUCAUUGGGAAUAACUUUGGGUUCAUUGGAGAAUAAUCUUCAGAACCAUUUGGCCAUUCUUUGUCCUCCUCUUCAGGCCUUGUGUCGAUUCUUCUAGAGUUGAAUAGCUUCCUCUGCGUUGUUCCCAUCGAAAUCCUUCAAUCAAGGGAUAGAUAUAGCAGGGGGACAGAUAGGUAAGUAACACAGGGGUGUAUUACCCCCCAGGGUGAAUCCUAGCAGAGCGAUGCUGGAGGGGAAAAAGAAGAACGGCGUCGUCUCUACCAUCAGCAGCGCCAAUAACAACCAGACCCCUUCCACUUUCCCGAACACUGUUGAUGCAGCACGCCGCUUUGCGUUGCUAUUGGAGCGUUGUGCUGCUCCCCUUUCGAGCCCGCUGAGUCUGAUUGGAGGGCUGGGAGUUGGAAUCCCGCCCCCGCAGCGCCUCUUAUGCCACUCCUCCCUGCUUCUGGCCCAGCUCAAAGCACAGCUCGCCAUCAAUCAGCUCGUUGCCGCGGGAAACAUCGCCAACGCCGUUACCUGCGCCAACCAUCCACUACCCUCCCCUCACCCCCAUCCUCCUCUUGCCCUCUUCCUCAACCUCUUGAAAGCGGCAUCCACCACCAAUAACAUGUACCAUCCCCUAUAUAAGCCGUUAGGGGGUCAGUACUCUUCACAAGCCCAGAGAACACCAGCUCAGAUGGGGCGGUAUGGACUCACACAAGCCCAGUCCGGGAUGGACCCUCUGUUGGCCUCACGCCUGGGUCUGGGCCCUGUCUCUGCUGGUGGUUCCUCUGGUUUUUCCAGCCAGGGGGGCAUGAUGUCCUCGAUGGGGUACAACCUGGGGCAGAGAUCAACCGGGAUGACCCCGGAGUUGGAGAUAGACCACCACAUCCGCUGGGCCAGAGAGGACGUGAGACUGCUCAGCCAGAUGGUGCAGCAGAAACAGAACCAGCAGACCCAAAUGAAUCUUCGCCUGAAUCGCAACCCCGGGGAUGACCUUUCGUCUAGGGUAGGGAUGGGUAGCUACACCUCUGGCCGGUCCUGCAGCGACCAGCAGAGCUCCAUGGCCUCCUGGUCUGGCCACGUGACCCAGUCUGCUUCCUCUAAGCUCUUCUCCUCCCCCCUCUCUCAGUCGUCCCCUUCCACCUCCCAGAUGUACCAAAGCCAAACCUCUGGGUUUGGUGGUGCGGGAGAGCCGGGACCCACCUCAAUGGGUUCUGAGGCGCCCCUGAGUGUCUCCGCCUCGUCUGGCACCGAUCCUCCAGCCCGGUACACACCAGAGUCCGCCAGCAACAUCCUGGCGAGUUUUGGCUUGUCCAACGAGGACUUGGAGCUCCUGAGCCACUAUCCAGACGAUCAGCUGACCCCAGACAACCUGCCCUUCAUCCUCAGAGACAUCUGCAUCCGUAAGGCCAAUAGAAACAUGGAUGUGGACCAUCGGCAUGACAACAGACCCAGCCCGGGGACGGACCACUUAGGUGGAGGACGGAGCAAAGUUAUCGAUUAUGGAAGUACUGAUGCUUCUAAAUACGACAGUUAUGACAAUAUUCGAUCCAAUAGUUACGGCGGACAAGAUCCGCUCCCGAAAGAGUCGAUGAAAUACGCUGUCGGAGACUCUCCAAGUGGGCACACCGGGACACCGUACGGCACUGUUGGAAGAUCCAUGACCUCAGGCCUUCCCGAGCAACAGCAGAUUUGCAGCGCUGCAGUCCAGAGUUAUAUCUCUCUCCCCAAGAGUGACAACGACACUCGUAUCGGUCUUCCUCCGCCUUCCAGCCUAACCCAAAAGACCCUCAAAACCCACGACUUAUCUAAAGCGGCACCCAAACCUAUGAACAUCCCUGUCCACGGCGGAGACCAAGGACUCGACCGACUCCUCUCAUCUCAGAAUCGAGGCACUGCUCGAGGCCAGGUUCAGCCUCGGUCCGACCUGGUGGUUCUUAGUGGUGGAGUUGGAGGAGAUGCAAGACUCAAGAUCGGAGGUAUCCCAGUGGGGAUUCCUCCCCCCACGCCACCCCUCAUGUGGCCUCCCCUAUUCCCCGUAAUGAAUCCGUCGGUUCCCCCUCCCGGUCACGUUCCGGUGACUUGUCCGCCUCCCCUGAUGGGUCCGCCUCCCCUGGUGGGUCCGCCUCCCCUGGUGGGUCCGCCUCCCCGGAUGGGUCCGCCUCCCCGGAUGGGUCCGCCUCCCCUGGUGGGUCCGCCUCCCCGGGUGGGUCCGCCUCCCCGGGUGGGUCCGCCUCCGUCGAUGUUCCAGCAGAUCAACAUCCCACCCCCAACGUUGAUGAUGCCGACGAGGUUGCCGGCUCCGACCACGAUGAGCGAUUACUCCGCAGCUUCUCCCAGAAUCUUUCCUCAUACCUGUUCUCUCUGUAACGUAGAAUGUGCCCAGCUAAAGAACUGGAUUGAGCAUCAAAACACCAGCCUCCACAUCGACAACUGCCGGCUGCUCAGGAAAUUGUAUCCUGACUGGAACGGGGAAACUGUGUCAAGCCCUGCUCCCAGUAGAAACGACAACAACCAGAGUUCCUCCAAACGUCGCCAGACCACCUCUCGUUCUCCGUCCCGCUCUCCUUCUCCUCGCCUCUCCUCCUACCGCACCUCGUCCUCCGCUGCUCGCCGACCUCGAUCCAGGGAACGAUCCCGCUCCCGGGAACGUAGACACAGCGCCGGCAGACGGCGUUCCCGGUCUCCUGGUUCGCGCCGGGAGCGUGACCCUCCGGCGUCGUCGUCUUCGCACCGGGAUCGGGAACGUCGGCGUUCCCGCUCGCCCCAGACAACUUCUUCAUCCCGGAGGAGGUCGCGUUCUAGGAGCUAUGAGCGGGAGCGUCGGGAGGCGAGGAAGAGCAGCCCUUCAGCAGGAGGGAAGAGCAGACAGCAGAAGUCUAGCAGUGCUGAGAGACUGGCCAAGAAACUACUGGAGUCAUCUGCUGGCCUCUCCCUGACUAAGAACACCAGUCUAGAAGUUCUGAUGCAGUCCCUGGCCCCUGCUCUCCUGGCCGAGCUCGCCAAAAAGAAGGGAGGCCGCUCCUCCUCCCGGAAGACUGAAACGGGAACGUCCAAGGGUGGCAAGGCAGGCACCGGAUCUGGGAGGACAUCAAACAAGAAAUCCUCCUCGCCCUCCAAAUCAUCCUUCAAAUCGUCCAGCUCAGCUCCUUCCAAGACUAAGAAGAAGGGAGCACCAGGGACCUCCGCUCUGUUAAGACUGAAGAAUAUCCCCCAACACACAGCUCAUGAUGAGGUGGUGAAGGCCGUGGAACCCUUCGGAAAGAUCAACACCGUCAUCCAGCUCAAGCCCAUACAGCAGGCAUCUGUGUUGUUUGAGAGGGAGGAGGAUGCUAAGAAGCUGGCUAGCUGUAAGAACCUGACCAUCAAAGGUCAGACCGUCACCGUACUAACGGAGAAAGAUGCUCUGCUGGACGACUCCAAGGAACUGAACCAAACCAACAAGUCUACCGAUGAAAAGAGCUCUUCAGCAGCCAACACCCACACCACCAAGUCAACCGCAACCAAAAUGUCUUCUACAUCCUCAACUAAACCGCAAACUGACUGUCCCAAGACCACACCCAAAGGGUCGAGGGUUAACACCAAGGCUCAGCCAACCACGGCUAAGGGGGCUGUCCACACCCUCAUUCCUAAACUGCCUGGUUGUGGAAAUAAUAGGUUUGUGAAGAUUGAAGGUUUACCAGAGACUGGCUAUACAGAGGAAGAUGUUCUGGAUCUGGUGAAGCCUUACGGAUACAAACCUGGACUCUACAACUGUUUCAUUCUGCCUGCACAGAGAUGGGCCAUAAUCCGUAUGGACGGAGUACAGAACAGCUCUGUUAUGGUGACAAACUACACACAGUCUCCUCCCAAACUACUAGACUGUCCCCUCUCCUUCACGUUGAUCUGCCCUGAUACAGGCCUCGUUCAGGAGAAUGUCUACACAACGCUGAAGGGCCUCACCACUUCUGACACGACAUUGAAGGAACGCCUUCUGAUCGUCAGUAACGUCCCCACGGGGACUACGGCAACCCAAGAGGUUCACGACCUCGUCAAACGCUUCGGAUCCUACCUCGAUUCGCUAUCUCUGAUCAACAGGAUUUAUUUUGAGAUGGAGUCGUCCUCGAUAGCCAUGGCGGUAUGUCUUCAUUUCCAGAAGUUCCCCUGUGUAGUUCAGAACAAGCCUCUGAAGUUCAACAUGCUGGUCAAGGUUAAACACCCGGCUCAGCCGCAGCUCCCAGCCAAGAAGACACCUGUCACCAGCACCAGAGCCAAGAAGAAGACGGUCCAAGGCAAGAAGCCUGUCGCUAAAGGUACAACACCAGGUAAAUCUGUUCCUACCACCACCUCUGCCACACAGCCUGUGGUUACCCAACACCCGGGAGAUGACGGAGGCGCCGUCCAGUCCAGUGACACCAUAGCGAUAGACUCCGACGCGACCGCAACGGAACCCAGUCCAGUCGUCAUGGACCCCGUGACGACCAACCACGACCAAAGCCAAACCGCUGCAAAACCGGAUGGCGAGAAUGGAGAAACCAUAGCAACCGCUACCGUUCACGCUGCUAGCGUUGCCGGUUCUGUACCAGCACCCGUAGCUCGCCCAGUGUCUGUAAAAGGUGAAGACAACCUGUUAGACUUCAGUCCGGUAACUCAGGAGAUCCUGAAGGCCCUGGAGGCAGCAGUGCACCAACACCGCCUGGAGAGACAAGCCGAGGAACAGAGACAGGACCAGGGAGAGAAGGACAAGCCUCCAUCCGACAAGAAGAGCUCUGUAGCUGGGGAGAAGGGGGAGACCAAGACCCCGGCUGGAGGACUGAACCAGGCCCCAGCUCACCCAGAGAAGAAGACUGGAGAGAAGACAGAGACACAGACUCAACCAGAUGAGAGAAAUAGACCUGCGCUUUCUCUGAAGAAAAAAAAGCUACAACCUGAGAAGUCACAGAUCGAUAAAAAGCCUCCAACCACACCAGCGAAGAAGACCACAACACAGACGGAAGGUGCAAAGAAACCACCUUCAGGCUCUGGACAACCAAAGAAGAACCAGGGGAAGACCCAAGUCUAUGGAGGAAGAGGCAGGCGCAGGGACCAUUCUUCCCCAGAAAAGAUAGACUCUUCCAGGCAUAGAAGCAGCCGGGCGGCCUCCGAGGAGGAGCAGGGUCCUCCGACGUCGAGACACGGCGACUCCUCUAGCUCUUCUUCUGGCUCCUGCAGGAGCAACAGACAGAACUGCAGUCCCGCCAAGAAGAAGGGGAGGAAAGAGGAGGAGGAGAUGAGUAAGGGCCACCGUAGUAGAACUAGCCAGUCUUCUAGGAGUGAGUCUAGAGAUCAGGAGGCAGCAGAGAGAAAGGGUGUUGGCUACGUGGUGGAUGAGUUCACGUCCGACCUCAAUCCUGGUGACGCCAACCCAUUCGACCUGGACCAGUUCAACAUGGAUGAGUUCGUCACCGUGGACGAGGUGGAAGGGGAUGAGGCGGACAACGCCAACCCACCAGAAUCAUCAUCUUCAUCACCCAACCCACCAGAGCCAUCAUCUUCAUCACCCAAUACCCAAGAUGGCACCUAUGGAAGGUCGGAACGAUCAUCCAAACGCAAGAGGGGUACCCCUGAUACCCCAAUUUCUACUAUGAAGUCAAGCCAGGAAAAAGAGAGACCCUUGUCCAAAAGCACUCCCACCCCAUCCUCUUCUACCUCUACCCUCCCUGGACAGAAGACUCCACGACAAGCCGCAACAGCCAAAAAAACGCAGGCGGCAAAACCUCAACCCCCCGCCACCUCCGGACGCAAGACCAGGUCGUCAGCCGCAGCUGCUGUUGUUGCGACGGGAGCCGCAGAAACCCGAGAAACUGUCACUGACGAUGACCCCACAGUCAGGAUGGAAGCGGAGCCUCUUCCCGUGGAGCGUCUGUCUCAGCCAAUGGGGGAAGCAGCCGCUGCUCAGUUGGUAGAGGAAGUAGUGGUCACAACGGGAAGUGACAUGGAGGGUAUGUUACCGUCAUCCGACCACAAGGUGUCAGUGUUGGGCACGGCAUUGCCGGCGAACAAGGAGGCAGAAAGUGUUGGGUCAGAGAUUGAUAUGGAGACUACAGCUGAAAAACCUCCAGAGGUAGUCGGGAGCGAGGAGAAGGCCCAGGCUAAAAAAGGUGACUCGAUUCUGGGUAGCAAGGCUCAGAAUGAAGGCUGCACACUGGAGCUUGGCUUGACUGAUCCGUCUUCCACAGCCAAGGAGCAAGACCUUCAAACAACCCUAGAACUACAAGGGCUUGAGACGGUGUCGGGUCACCAAGUGCCCCGGGGUUUACAGAUACUCAACAAAACCGUGGAUGACACCGUGGUGCCUGCAGCCUCUGAAUCUACGGGUUCCCAGGAGCUCCAAACUACUCUAGAGGAACGGCAAGACGAAGAAGAAUCUGCUUUCCACAUCCUGGACUCUGUAGAAGACACUGACGGCCGAAGAGAUUCUCUACCCAGAGAGAUGGAAGGGUUCCACAUCCUGGACUCUGUAGAUGAUCCGGUGGCUGCGACAGAAGCUCUGGAAAACCAUUCUACUGAAUCUAAGGGUACCUCAAAACCCCAGAAAGCGAGUUACAAAAAGGGUAAUAUUCAAAAGAAGGAUGGCAAGAAGAUACAGACCCCCCCAGUGGAGUCGGAGAGGGGUGAGGGAGGUACCCACAAAAAGACCCCUGAGAAGACACAGACCCCCCCAGUGGAGUCGGAGAGGGGUGAGGGAGGUACCCACAAAAAGACCCCUGAGAAGACACAGACCCCUGAGAAGAUACAGACCCCUGAGAAGAUACAGACCCCUGAGAAGAUACAGACCCCUGAGAAGACACAGACCCCCCCAGUGGAGUCGGAGAGGGGUGAGGGAGGUACCCACAAAAAGACUAACCGUGUCACCUUGGAUGAGGUGAGUGAGGAAGAGGAGAGUUACCCUGACGACGCUGCCGAAGAGGAAGAGCUGAUGAAGAAGGAGAAACGACGAGACAGAGAAUGGGAGGAGAAGAGGAGUACAAAGCGGGUGAGGAGCAGAGAGAAGGAGCAGGAAUGGAAGAGUGGGAAGGGGAGGUUCAGUGUGGAUACGGAAUGGUUGGUGACUCUGGAUGAGAUUGGAGGAGAUGGGGAUGAGAGAGGAGAGGAGGGUGCGAGGGAUCAGGAGAGCGGAAUAAAUGAGGCAGACCUUCAAGAAUUGGUCACUCUGGAUGAGAUCGUUGACGAGGAAGGAGGGGAGGGUCCUAGCCCGGAGCCUCACCCAUUCAGGCAGGAGGACGAAUCAGAAGACUCCUUCAACACAGAGACUAUGGUGACCCUGGAUGAGACUGGAAGUGAUCAUGAGAUGGAGGAAGUGCAGCCCAAGAAGUCUCCAGAACCAGCCCAGACCCGGCACGCUGACAACACAGAAACAUUACCCGAAGCAUCAGAAGCAACAAGCAGGAGGUUCUAGCCAAGGCUCCGCCUCCAAGUGACCCCCCUGACCACACCCCUGGGUGUGUCUAAAAUGUGACCAUUUCCCCAGUGCUCUGGUUGAUAGAUAGGGCUCUACUAUAUAAUAGGGUGAUAGAGUGCAGUUUGAUAUUUCGGCUGGUCUAGGAUCAGGUCGCCCCGUGUUCAUAUUGUCUUAUUCAUUAUGAUUUAAAAGGUAAAACUGGUCCUGGAUCAGCCUUCCCUGAGACGCUUUGUGAAUACGUUUCCGUGGAUAAUCGGGUCCAAUAUGACACAGAUUUUUAGAUUCAUUUGUUUUGUUAGCUUUUUUUUGGGGUGGAUUUAAAUAUCAUUAAACUGUUUUAAUUUAUCCAGAGUAACUCAGUCAGCAGAGACCAGACAUAAUUAUAUGUAUACGGAGAAAGUAAUAAAUGUCGUUUUUAUUACGAA